GCGGAGUGGGGCUCUGUUUGCUCUCAAUCUGCUGCUGCCCUGUGCCCUCCAUCCCUCUUGCUUAGACGGGCUGACACUGAACGGGAGUUAUACGACGAGGACUGAGGAGGAUGGCGAAGCAGAUCUGCUACAGAUGAAGGAAGUCUGAUGUAGAAGCUGAGCCAGAGGAGAGCCCUGGCAGCAGCAGCAGCAGCAGCAGUAGCAGCAACAGCAGAAGGGCUGUAGAUGCCCUCUGCCUCAGGUGCGGCUCCAGCCCAGGCCUCUGCUGGAGAGCCGGGUCAAAGAGGGGACAGCUCCUGCUCUGACUCUGAUAGCCUUAUAGACUCUAGUUCCAGUGAGGAGGAGGACAAAGUAGAAGAAGCAGACCCAGCCAUGUUCUCCUCUAAAUUUCUCAGUGGGGCGAAUCCCCUGAAUGCUAUGUCUUCUGCUGUGAAUAAGUUUGGCUUGUUCGGAGAUGAUGGGGAAGGGGAUAAAAAGUCACCUCCUCAACAGGGGAGGAAAGCAUCAGGAGAACCACAACCCGGACCUGGCCCUGGAAAAAACACGCAACAAGAACAGGCACCCCAAAAAUCCAACCAGGGUCCCCUUAUGCAAAAAUCCCAGCCUCUCCCUAAACAGGGAUCACCACAGCUACGUGGCAAUGGACAGACUGCUCCACCAACAAAUAAACCUGCAGGACAACAAACUAAAGAUCCACCCCAGCAGAGUUCACCAAAGCAUGGAAUUCAACAUCAGGUUCCAGCAAAGGAUGAAGCACAACCUGUAUCUUCAAAACAAGUUCCACCCAAGUUGAAAGAACAACAGGACUCUGCUAAGAGUAGUGUACAAAAUCAAGAACUUUUAAAGUCUGAGGUACCCACAAACACUGGGUCAGAGAAAGUAAGCCAACAACAGCAGUCGUCACCAAAAACUAGACAACAACUGCACUCACCUAAGGUAGGACAACAGCAGAAAGGGGGCAAAAAUCAAAUAUCCGAUAGACAACAAGACAUUAAGUACCCAGGCACACCUGAAGUGACACCUGUUGGCUCUCCAUCAUUGGGAGCAACCAAAGCCAGACCUCAGUCAAAAGCAGUUUCUAAACCUCUUUGCCCAGUGUGUAACACAACAGAACUUAAUAUCCAUACCAAGGAAUCACCUAACUACAAAACCUGCACACAGUGUAAAACUGAGGUGUGCAGCUUAUGUGGCUUCAGUCCUCCAGACACUGAUGGGCAUGAGUGGCUUUGCCUAAACUGCCAAAUACAAAGAGCUCAAGGAACUUCAGAGCCACCAGGACCUCCUAAGAAAAGGCCUUCUGCUCCUCAAAACCAGAAACCACCACCUGGUGAACCUACAAAAAAGGACAUUUCAGCACCAGGUUCAUCACCGAAAGUACAGUCUAAACCAAUAAAAGUGCCAGCUAGCGAUGAACCUCCUAAAGGACCAGAAAAUCCAAAACAAGGUGCCCGGUUAGGUCAAGCUCAGAGAAUGACACCAGAUUCUCAGCGAGCAUCAGGAUCUCCAAAAAUGCAUCCAAGUGGUCAACCUGGCCAAACGCAAAGCAGGGUUACUCCAGCUUCCACAGCAGGCAUCUGGAGGUUUAUUUGGCUUUAGUAGUGGUGCUAAAAGUGAAUCUGCAAAACCAGAUGAGUCAGCAACGGGGAAGAUGUUUGGUUUUGGUUCCUCACUUUUUAGUUCUGCAUCUACCUUAAUUGGCUCAGCUGUUCCGGAUGAACCCAAAAUCACAACGCCAGUUUCUCCCAAAAUGCAGCUCACAAAGGACAGUAAGGCAGCUUCUGGCCAAAAGUUAGAACUAGAAAAAAAGCAGCAACAACCUCAGGAUAAAAAGACUCAGUCAGCAGUGCAGAAAGCAGGAAAAUCCCCUGCAGAGGCUCCAAAGGCAGCAACAGUCUCCCUCAAUCCUAUCGACAAGGGCCAAUCCAUUUGUCCGAUUUGUAAGAUGGUUCUUAAUGUUGGCUCAAAGGAUCCUCCCAACUACAACAGCUGCACAGAAUGCAAAAGCACUGUCUGCAAUCAGUGUGGAUUCAACCCCAUGCCAAAUGUAAAAGAGGAGAAAGAGUGGCUUUGUCUGAAUUGCCAGGUGAAACGAGCUGCUGCAGGAACUGAACCACAGAAAGAAACGCUCUUGGCUGAUUCAUUUAAAAAGACAACUGCAACAUCGCCUGGACCUGAAAGGACUUCUGCUCCUGGUUCUCCUCAGAAAAAAGAAUCAACAGUAGCUGUAAAACAAGUCAAGACUGAAGGACCAGUAAGCCAAAGGCAAGCUGGCCAAGCUCCUGGACAGAAGACACCUCAGCAGAGCCAAAGGAUAGAUCCUCAGAAACAAACCGACCAGACCAUCAAGCCUCCACAAAAAACUGGAAAUGUAACAACGCAAGAGUCUGGAGGCCUCUUUGGUUUUGGUGCUCCUAAAAGUCAAAGUGAUGCAGCAAAACCUGCGGAAUCAGUGACUGGGAAAAUGUUUGGUUUUGGUACCUCCAUCUUUAGCUCUGCUUCAACUCUAAUUACUUCAGCUGUCCAUGAUGAUCCCAAAACUACAGCACCUGUUUCUCCGAAGUUCUCCCCUGCAAAGGAUCCCAAAUCUCUCACAGUCAAAAAGCAAGAACAGGAGAAAAAGCCACAGCAGGUACAGCAAAUCCCGGGUCCAACACCUAGUGCAGCCAGAAGCAGCUAAACCUCCCUCAGAACUGCCAAAGAAAGAAUCAGCCUCACCACUUAUUCCCAGAAUGUCUGAUUCCACCUGUCCUCUCUGUAAAGUAAAACUGAAUGUGGGCACCAAGGACCCUCCAAACUACAGCAACUGCACAGAGUGCAAAAUUGUUGUCUGUAACCAAUGUGGAUUUAAUCCCACACCAAAUGUAAAGGAGAUCAAAGAGUGGUUAUGUCUCAACUGCCAGGUGCAAAGAGCACUUGGGGCAUCUGAGCCUCCAGGAACACCUGUGAUGAAAUUACGAGCCUCUCCAAACAAAACAUCUGCAUCUGCUGAUGCUAUAAGGAAAGAAACACCCUUACAAGAGAAAGAAAUUUCAGUACCUGCUAAUUCUAAGGAGACUAUGCUAUUAGGCUCCCCACAGCACAAAUCACAAAAAUCAGUUGAGCAAUCAGGAAAGGCCGAAGUCAAAAAAGGACCCGAAUUAAGAAAACAGGUCAUACCAGAAGCCAGUCAAAAAAUUCUGGAACAAGACCAGAAGACAAGUUAUAAUAAGCCAUCAGACCAGACAAGUCAGACUGAACAAAAAAAGAGUGGUAUUACAUCAACAAAAGAGGAAGAUGGAAGGUCCUUAAAAUCUGGUGGUUCCAAGCCUCAACCAGAAGCUACAAAACCUACUGAGUCACUUGGAGGAAAAAUGUUUGGCUUUGGUUCUUCAGUGUUGAGUUCUGCUUCCAAUUUUAUAACCUCUGCAGUACAAGAUGAAUCAAAAACACCACCAGUUUCUCCCAAACUUCCAGCAGCAAAGGGAACCAAAUCAAUUCCAGUUCAGAAAUAUGACUCAGAGAAGAAACCAGAGCAAGUUCAGCAAACUAGUCACUCUCCAUUGCUGCAAGCCAAAGUAAAUAAAGAUGUAAUAUCUUCAGAUAGUCAAAAGACUGACCACUCUACCUGUCCUCUAUGUAAGACUAAACUCAAUAUUGCUUCCAAAGAUCCUCCCAACUACAAAAAAUGCACAGAAUGCAAGACCACUGUGUGCAACCAGUGUGGAUUUAACCCAAUGCCAAAUGUGUCAGAGGUCAAAGAAUGGCUAUGUCUGAACUGCCAGAUGCAAAGAGCUCUCAGUGCCUCUGAUGUCACUGGACCUUCCAUAAAACCAGAGACUGAAACAAACAAAGGUUCAGCGUUAACUGUACGUCAGAAAAUCCCAUCUCCUAAACAAAAGGAAUGUCUAAAGAAGGAAUUGUCUGACAAAAAGAUAGAAGCCCCACUACCUGAUUCAUCUAACACCGAGAGGAGCUCCACAUCUGCUUCUCCUCAGAGAACACAGCGUGCAGUUGUACCACCUGCUGCUAAAGAACCAGAAGUGAAAAUACAGCCUAGCCCAAGCACUGGUCAGUCUCCUCCAAUUGUCGAAAGAGUAACAAGUACACAGAGACAGACUGGCCAGGAAAGUGAGUGUGACCCAAAAUACAUGAAGAUGAAACCAGAUCUUCAAGAGGAAUCAGAAAAAACAACCGGCUCAAAAGAUACUAAAAAAGUAUCUGAGGCUUCAAAAGCAACUGAAUCCUUGGGUGGAAAGAUGUUUGGAUUUGGUUCAUCUAUUUUCAGCUCAGCAUCAAAUCUGAUAUCGGCUGCUGAAUCACGAACUACACCACCUGGCUCUCGUAAGAUGUCUGCACCACCCCAACUCUCUGGCAAGAUGUCUGUUUCACCAAAGAUUUCACCAAAAAGUACACCUACAGUUUCUCCCAAAAUGUCACCAGUUAGAGAACCAAAGGUUCUUUCUGUGCAAACCAGGGGAAUCUCAGCUGAAGAAAGAAGACAAAGUUCUAUCACAGCCACAUGUAGGAACAGUCUCUCUAAGAUGUUCAGAUGGAGGUCCAACUAUCUGUCCACUGUGUAUGGAGAAAACCCCAUCAAGGCUUUGAAAUCUGAAGCAGGUACCCCUGCAAGUGUCAAACUAGAACAGUCCACCUGUCCACUGUGUAAGAUCAAACUCAACGUAGGCUCCAAGGAUCCACCCAAUUAUAAUACAUGCACACAGUGCAAAAACACAGUGUGCAACCAGUGUGGAUUUCACCCAAUGCCAAGCAAAACUGUGGUUGAGUGGUUGUGUCUCACCUGUCAGAUGGAACGAGCUCUGGAAGUGACAGAGCCUCCAGGAGUUACUUCUCUCAAGCCUCAGGCAAAAUCCCAAGCAGGCAUCACCAGCCCAGCUGAACCUGAAAAGAAAGUCUCCUCUGCACCACAGUCACCUCAGAGGAAAUUAUCUUCACCCGCACAGCCCCCUGAGACAGCUGACAAGCAAGUGGUUAAUAAACAGGCUAGCCCAGUUCCUUCUAAGAAAACCCCACAAGAACAGCAGAAAACAUCAGGCCCAAGCAAAUCACCAGGCCAGACAAGGCAAGCUGAACAGAAGCCGAGCAAUGUGACGGGGGUGCCACAGAAAGAUUCAGGUAGCUUCUUUGGAUUAGGCAAAGGUAAAACUGAGCCUAAUGUGGACAAACCAGUGGAGUCCGUCUCUGGAAAAAUGCUUGGAUUUGGUUCAUCCAUUUUCAGCUCUGCUUCUACAUUAAUAACCUCAGCUGUUCAAGAUCAACCUAAGACCACUCCACCAGUAUCUCCCAAGUUAUCCCCUGCAAAAGAAGUCAAAUCCCAUGCUGCCCAAAAGAAGGAGCAGCCAGAAUCUCAGCAGCCUAAGGCACCUGCUCUGGUCCAAGUCAAAGAUGACAAGGGUCAGCCAGAAGCUUCGAAGAUUAUAGAAGCUUCCAAAGGUGCUAUCAAACCAAACACCAGCUGUGUGCUCUGUAAGGCGGAACUUAACAUGGGGUCCAAAGAUCCACCUAACUACAAUACCUGCACCGAAUGCAAGAACAGAGUCUGUAAUCAGUGUGGAUUUGACCCCAUGCCAAACCAGUUAGAGAUGAGGGAAUGGUUGUGUUUGACUUGCCAGAUGCAAAGAGCUCUGGCAGCAGCUGACUCAGUACAGCCUCCUCUGAAGAAAGUUCAGGGAUCUCCGAGCCAAGUUUCCUCACCUGGUACUGUCAAAAAAGAGGUGACAAAUGAAAGGAAACACAGUAUUUCUAAAGAAGAAGUUGAAGUUAUUGACAAAGCACAAGGUGCACCUCAAAAGAAAGACAUAAUGCAAACUUCUGCCUCAUUGACAUCAAAAGAUGAAACAGCUUCAGCCUCAGGUCUAGCAAAAGAUCAGAAAACCAAUUUAUUUUCUACUGAGGGUACUCUAAAGUCUUUGGUUCCUCAAAGUGAAGAGGUAGGGCCUGUUGUUUCUGAUGUCAAACAACCAAUGCCUGCACAAGGUCCUCCUGUUGCCACAGACAGGAAGACAACUCCACUACCUCCAGACACAUUCGAAAAUGAGGAGAAAUGUGAAACUAUAAAGACAUCAGCUGGACAGCUUUUCAAAUCCAUAGAGGAUGUAAAACAAUACCAAGCCAAAGAACCUCAAAGAAAAGGUUCAGAAGUAGAGGUCAAAGAAGAUGAUGAGCAGAAAACGCAUGUCAAAAAGAUACCAGACAAACCUCAGGAGCCUAAAGUUACUCCAACAGGGCAGAAAGAAGAUGGUAAAGGCCAGAUGGAAUUGACAAAACAGGCUCAAGUUGCUUGUCCACUCUGCAAAGUGGAGCUUAACAUUGACUCCAAGAACCCUCCCAACUUCAACACCUGCACUGACUGCAAAACCUCUGUUUGCAACAAAUGUGGUUUUAGUCCAAUGCCGAAUAUCUCUAAGGCAAAGGAAUGGUUGUGUCUCAACUGUCAGAUGCAGAGAGCUCUUGGAGCUUCUGAACCCCCAGGCCUCCCAAUGAUGAAAACACAACCUUCACCAAGCAAAGAUUUUCCUGCCCAUAAACAAAAGAAAGAAAGCCCAACUGCUAAUAUUUCCAAGCAAGAGAUUUCUGAGCCAGUCACUGACCCUGCUAACAUUAUUAUGGCCAGAGAAACAGAACUCCUUCUUGUUAGUGAACCAACAAAGGAGGUCUCUUGUGCAUCUGCUUCAGUCCCUGAUGAAAGUGGUCCACCAACUGCCACAAAUGUAGAUGUUUCGCCAGCCUCACAAAAGCCAUGUUCUGAUGUGCCGAAAGUACAACCAGACACACCACAGCAACAAAUUCAGAAAGUUCCUUCUUCUACUAAGCCUGCUAUUCCAACAGAUGAGGCAAAACGAGGUCCACCUACAGACAAGCCUACCUCUACACCACAGCAGAAGGGAUCAAAACAACCCACAAUACAUCCUAAGAAACCUGAGAGCUCUCCUAAGUCUGCAUCGCCAUCAGUUCAGGCUACAAAACCAGAGGCAGGUAGCUUCUUUGGUUUUGGAGGCCCUAAAACACAGCCUACAGCAGAAAAACCUGCAGACUCAGUUACUGGAAAGAUGUUUGGCUUUGGCUCGUCUUUCUUAAGUUCUGCAUCCAAUUUGAUUACUUCAGCUGUUCAAGAUGAAAAUAGAACUACUCCGCCUACUCCUCGUAAGAUGUCCGCCACAGAUAGAGCCUCUCCAAAGCCUACACCACCAGCUUCUCCUAAAACAUUACCAGCACUGGGUGCUAAGGUAACUUCUGUGCAGAAGACUGAGGACAAGAAUUCUGAGAAACCACAGCAGACUAAAAUUCUUCCAACAGAACCAGCCAAAGUGACAAAAUCACCUUCAGACAACUCUAAAGUACCACUAAAUGGGCAAGAUGCUUCCUACAAAGGAAUGGCUUUGUCUAAAUUGCCAGAUGCAGAGGGCAUUGAAAGUGUCAGAGUCUACUGUAGCUCCCGUGGGCAAAACAGACACCAAGCGAAAUUUCACUGGUCUUCUCCAGUUAUACAGAAGGAAACUGUUACACCAAUCAAGCAUAUCCAAAAAGAUGCCAUGGAAGCUGCAACCCCAUUGCCAACUGCUCCACCUCAGGAAGAUUCUGUCAAAAAGGUGCCAGUGGUUUCAGGUUCUGACCAGCAAAAACCAAAUGAAAACCUACAACAAAUGAAGAUUACUCAAAGUACCAAACCAGAAGUAAAGCCAGAUGUUGGAAAACAAGACACUGGAAAAGUGCAGCAACAGCCUGCAAAGCUACCCACACAGCCAACCAAAAUGGCUUCACCAGUUCAGCCUACUAAACAAGAAUCUGGGGGCUUCUUUGGAUUUGGUGCACCUAAGGCACCAGUGGCAGCAGCAAAAUCUACUGAAUCAGUGACUGGGAAGAUGUUUGGCUUUGGCUCAUCUUUUCUUAGUUCUGCAUCUACACUAAUCCAAUCAGCUGUUCAGGAUGAACCUAAAACCACACCACCUACUCCAAGGAAGAUGUCCACUACUGCUCCUACUUCACCUAAAGUCACACCUCCAGUUUCUCCUAAGAUACCCCCUGCCAAAGAUACAAAAGUACCUGCUACACAAAAAUCAGAGCCACUUCAGCAAGAUAAGCCUACUCCACCACCUCAACACGACAAGCCUACUCCACCAACUUUGCAAGACAAGCCGGUUCCACUAUCUCAACAGAACAAGCCUACUCCACCACUUCAACAAGCCAAGCCUGCCUCACCACUUUCACAGAUGAAACAUACUCCACCACCUUUGCAAGAUAAACCUGCUCCACCACCAAAACAGGACAAGCCUGCUCCACCACCACAACAAGUCAAGCCUACUUCAUCAUCUCAGCAAGACAAGCCCAUGCCACCAUCUCAACAAGACAAGCCCAUGCCACCACUUUCACAGACCAAGCCUAAUCCACCACCUUUGCAAUGCAAGCCUGCUCCAUCACCACAACAGGACAAGCCUACUCCACCAUCUUUGCAAGACAAGCCUGCUCCACCACCACAACAGGACAAGCCUACUCCACCACCUUUGCAAGACAAGCCUGCUCCAUCACCACAACAGGACAAGCCUGCUCCACAACCACAACGGGACAAGCCUACUCCACCACCUUUGCAAGACAAGCCUGCUCCACCACCACAACAGGACAAGCCUACUCCACCACCUUUGCAAGACAAGCCUGCUCCACCACCACAACAGGACAAGUCUGCUCCACCCCCUCAAAAAGACAAGCCUGCUCCACCACCUCAACAAGACAAGCCUAUGGCAUCAUCUUUGCAAGACCAGCCUACGCCAUCUCCUCCACAGACCAGACCUACUCCAUCAUUUCAAGAAAAAAUAGAAGGUUCACCACUGUCCACAGAGGUGAACAAGGUUCUUCCUACACCAAGUGUGUCUACCUGUCCUCUGUGUAAGGCUGAACUGAAUGUGGGAUCAACAGAUAGUCCAAAUUACAACACCUGCACUGAAUGCAAAAACACUGUCUGCAAUUUCUGUGGAUUUAAUCCCAUGCCUCAUACUGCAAAAAAGGAAUGGUUGUGCUUGAGCUGCCAAACUCAAAGAGCUUUGUCAGGACAACUCGGAGAUUCAGAACAAAUGUCUCAACCUACAUAUGUGCCUGCCAAACCAGAAAUCCAGGCAACAUCAACUUCUGACAUGGCUGCGUCCAAAACCUCACCCAUCAAAAUUGAGCUCACAACUGAAGUCACGGCACCAAAAACUGCCCCUACUGAGGGAGUACAAAUAAUUUCAGCUACAACACCGAAGGAAGAACCUGCCAAGAUAAAAAACCUAGCUCCUGUUCCUUCCAUAGAAAAAGAAAAGGAGAGAAAACAGUUAGACACCAUGAUAGAUGUUUCAUCUGUUGCCUCAGAUAAACAGUCUUUUGAAGAUUCCAUUCAAGAACCUGUCGUAGCAAAGCCUGAUGUGUCAAUCACCAAAACUUCUGACAUGGAAACUGUUAAAGAGGAGAAACUGCAACCAUAUUUACAAGAACAGGAAAAGGCAGUGGAAUCUGGAAAAACAAAAGCAGCUGACAGCAAGGAACUGGAUGAUAAGAUGAUUGAAAAGAUUACUGACAUCUCAACUCAAGUUUCACAGCCACUCCUUACAGCGAGACUGGCCUCCGUUGAAACCAACAAAGAGUUAGCAGAAAAAAGAAGAGAUCUCCCUCAAACCGAGCAAGCAGCAAAUACACUCAGUUUUGGAAAAGAAGAGUAUGAUGAUGAUCAACCCCAGAUUUUACCUGUCCUUCAAGAACAGCCUGAGAUGAAGAUUUAUGAUACAGCGAAGAAUGAUUCAAGUAUAGAUCACUCUAUGCCAGAAAAAGAGGAAGUUAAGCCAGAGAGAAGGCGUUUAAGUUUACAAGCAAUGGAGAGCAGUGAAAGUGAAGUUACACCUUCAUCAUCCCCUAAAAUUGGAAGAAGGAUCUUAAAGGUUAGCACUGUUUCAUCUAGCAGCGAGGACAAAACUGAAGGUGCUGAUUCUUCCAUAGAAGAUGAUGAGUUCAUACGCAAUCAGAUUUUGGGUAUGGGAGAUGAGAAAGACAUGUCCAUAUCAGAAGAUGAGAAAGAAAGUAACUUAGAAAAUAUGGAAGCUUUCCAGAGUAAUACACUUGACAAUGCUUCUAUCAAAGCCAAAUCUGUUUUGAACAAGGGUGAAUCAAAUAUUAAUACCCAGACUGAAUUACCCAUUAAAAAUGAUGCUGCAAUUUCUCAAAAUAUUCCCGAAUCAUUUCCAAAGACUCAUUUUAAGAAAGCUAUUCCUGUAUUGAGGCAGAGGCAAAGCACUGAUGAAGAAAUAGAUAGCCUCACUGAAUCCUUGUCAAAGGGUUCAUCCAGUAUUCAAGCAUCAAGCGUGACUCCAGGGUCUUCACCUUCAUCAGUUUCAUCUUUGGAAGAGGACAGUGAUAGCAGUCCAAGCCAAAAGAAAGGUAGUGAGCAAAGACAUCAUCGCAAAAGUAGACAGAGGUACCCCACUCAGCCUCUUCCUACUAUUGAAAACUCCUCUGAUGAAGAAAAGACAAAGACACAAGACAAACCACUGUCUUCACCCAGUGAUGUGUCCUCUUCAGAAGAUUUAAGGCAGGUCACUGUCAUCAACGAAGGCCAUAAAACAUUUGGCUCAGAGUACUCUGCCAGUAAAGAAUCUGAACCAGAGAUUAAGAGAGCUGUACAAAGAGGACGUAAACCUUCACCAACAGUAAUACCUUACACCCCUUCUGAUCAAUUUGAAGAAAAAGACACAGCAACAAAAUCAUUAAAGAGUGCUGAAGAAGCAUAUGAGGAAAUUAUUCAGAAAACAAAAGCUAUUCCAGGAGAAAGUCCCCCCGAUAUUGAACCCCUUUAUGGAGGACUGGCAAUAGAAGACUAUCUUUAUGAAUCUUUAGUAGAGGAACCAGAAAUUAAAAUAAGUGAAACUCAAGAAGAACCUGAAUUUGAUACUGCUUCUCAAUCUUUUAAAAAGCUCAGAUCCCCUGAAGAAGUUUAUGAGGAGAUGAUGCAAAAAAAAAGGGAACUGAUGAUGAUAGAGCAAGAAUUUCAACAAGCCUGGACAGCAAUGGAUUCUUCCUCAUUGGAGGCUUUGGUCCAGGAGCUUCCUUCAGAGGCUGACACUUGUGUGGUGACUAUAUCUGCUGAAGAUGGCAUACCCACUGAAGAUACUCAGAUUACUGAACAAAAAUAUAUACCUCCCUCAGAUAUUGAUACUUUAAGUGAACUACCAGUAAAGAGAAAAAAACGUCCAGCACCCCCACGCCCAUCUGAGCCCCCUAGGCGCACUGAGGUAACAGUUGUUGCCAGUACUCCCAGUGGAUCCAUAACUUUUGUCAGGCCUAUGGUUCCUCAAGAUCCUGCGCUCAGAAAGGCACUGUUUCCAAUACCAGACCUUAAGAUUACUCAAUGCUCAUCUGGUGAAGAAGAGGAUGAUAGUCUUGUAGAUGAGUAUGCCAUAGGUAUUUCAUCUGACAUUACCCCCAGUGAUGACUCUGAUACAAAAGAUCAGUCCAUAAGUCCAUCUUUGUCCGAAACCAACGACAUGGAGCCUAUAUGUGUUAUUUGUGAAAUUCCAGAGCCAAAGCCCAUCCCAACUCCAAUAUCAGCCCCAGAGCUAACAACUACACCUUCUCCUGUUUCACCAGUUUCACCCCCAACUUCACCAGCUUCUCCAGAUUCUAGUUUGGCCUCAAAUGUCUCAUCAUCAUCUUCAUUUCAGGCUCGAACACCACUUUCAUCUGACUCAACUCCACUGUCCACACCAACCCCUCCAACUUCAAUAAAAGACCAUUCAGUUGAAGAAACCUUAUUGCCAUUGUCUACCACAUUUGAAGCAGCACCAUCAAGUGAAACAUUAAUUCCUUAUUAUGAUUUAGCCACUGUUGUAGUUACAAUUCCAGAUUUGGUAUCUGAUCCAUCCAAAAUUCAAGCAACACAGACCGUUCAAAGAAAGUCUUUUACAACUAAGACCCCAGCUCCACCCUCGUUUGAGACUUCAUCUGCAGUAACUUCUAAGGUCCAAAUGCCAGACUUAGUUUCCUCUCCAUCACAAGUACCAAUUAAAGUUCCACCUGUUUUACAAGUUUCAGCACCAAGUCCAGCACCUAUUGUUGUCUCAGCUCAGCCUUUAGUCCAAAUCAUACCUGCACCUAUUGCUACCACAACUUCAGCUUCAACAAGUGAUCUCUCAUCAUCAAUCUCUGUGGUAUCAUGCCUUGAGCCUGUCAUAGUCCAGAUGCCAGACUUGGUUUCAACUAAUGCUCCAAUUAUUUUACAAACACCACAACCAAUCUCAGCCCUCAUAACUACCCCAGCUCAAGCUCAAGCCAAAGUAGUACAUUCAGUCCCAGUACAAUCAUCUGUACCAUUAAUGAGAACAGUGGUAGUCCCAGCAAAAGUUCAACCUGAGCAGGGAACUAUAUCAUCUCCAGCAUUAACUACUGUUGUCAAAAAGAAAGUCCCUCCUCCUCCCCCUCCUCGAUCUACUUCAGUUUCAUUACCCUAUACCACCUCUGAGAUGCCCCUUAUAAAGACAGCCAUGUCAUCUGCAUCAGCUAUUGCACCCACAGUCACUGCCCAACCAAUGCAAUCUGUAGUUGUAGAUAUACAGCCAAGAAUGGACAUUGCACAAUCAGGUGGUGCACCUGUUCCUCAAGUAGUGACUCCAACUAGACAAGGGCAUGUAGUUAUCAUUGUACCAAGCAGUGGAAAAAAUAUCUCUACUUAACACACCAAACAGGAUGGAGAUGAUGCAGAGCCAAAUGUUACUUCUCGUGCAUAUGGUAGUCAACAAACUACAAAUGAUACACUGUGUACAGACACUUCAACUGUGAAAGUGCUUUCAGCUCCACUACUUCAACCUAAACCUACACAUGGAGCAAAAGUGGUAUCAAGUGGGGAUGUAACUCCUGUAACAGACCCAACCUCAUCACCUCCACCCCUUUUACCCAAACCACUUGGAAGCUCUGUUCCCACUUUAGUCACUAUAGCAACAGUUGCCCCUGUUUCUGUAACAGUGUCCAGUCCUUGUCAUAUCUCUAAACCUCCUCCACCCAUACCACCCAAGCCUAUAUCAAUUCCAGCUGGAUUAGUUUUUACCCACAAGCCAGGAGAGAAUAUCAGACCUCCUCCUCCUGUGGCACCCAAAGCAGCAACGCUGCCUAGGAUGAAAGAACCUCCAAAAGCCCUGUCUCUUAGCCUUGCAAGACCUUCGGAGUCUAAACUGGGUACAACAUCUCCCAAGUCACCUGUGUCCCCUAGGCAUGCAAAAUGUUUACAGACAUAUGUGGUGAUCACUCUACCAUCUGAGCCUGGCUCUCCAACUGAGACAAUAACAGUUCAAGCACCUGUUAGGCGAAAAUCCAUCCCGUCUUCUACAGUGUCAGACAUUCAAACAACAGUACCAGAGAAGAAGACACCCACUGAAAUUAUUUCAGCACAGGCUACAGUUAGGAGGGCAUCUGUCCCCACUAUUAAGCAUCCACCGCCGAUUAUUAAAGCAGUCAAUGUGGAAGCAGAGCAAACAGAAACCUCUGAGGUGGUGACUGGCAAAGUACAAACAGGCAAAUUCUCUGUGCCCCCUGCUGUGCAACCAAUAUUUUCUGUUGCUGAUGUGAUUACAGUGUCAUCAGAUCAGAAAUCCUGCAUCAUGGCACAUGCUGUAGCACCAACAAUCAAGAAGUCAUAUGUGUCACAAGAAGACUCAAUAACUCAACCCCAUUUAACUUCUGAACCAACAUCAGAAUUAUUUCCAAAACCCACUGAGCCAAAAUGUUAUCUGAUUCUGAGAGAUCAAUCCAUAGUAAAUGAGCAAUCUGGACCAUCUGUGUCUCAGCAGCGAUGUGCAGUUACAGAAGUGGGAACAGUAUUUCCAACAAGUUUAUCUGAAGAGCCAAUUCUUCAGUCAACCAAACCAAUUGCAACUGUACAACCAGGGUGUCUUGGAGAAGCUGUUUUUGUGCCAGAGCCAUUGAAACCACAUGUAGAAGUAGUUGUCCAUGGGACACCACCUACAGUACACUCUAUAAAUUAUGAUCAGCAUGUUUUAUCUCAAAUAGAUGUGCAAGGUACAGAGCAUAUGGAACAAGACAAAGAUAACUGUGUCACAGAGGCAGUUCUGAUUAGAUCAGCAAUACAAGAUGAGAGUUAUGAAUUUGCAGCUGAAGAACCAGAUACAGCGAUUGAAGUUGUUGUUCACUGUAAAGAUGAAAACAUACCUCGGGUUUUUGAAGAUGCAUUCCCCUUAUCAGAGCUCUCAUCAACUCAACAAACUGAUCAAUCUUCAGAAAAUAGGGUUGUGGUGACAGACCAGAUAUUCACACACCAGCUAAAUCUUGAUGCUUUAGAAAGUACACUCUCUACAAAGUUUGAAUACCCCUCAGAAGUUGUUACAACUGACCCUGGUUUUAGGUUGCCUGAGGUUGCUGUAGUGUCUCCUGUACCUCAUCCUCUCACUGUUGCCACUGUUGUGACACCAACAUCUAAAGUGUCUGAGUUAAUGCCACUACCUACAGUUGCUGAAACUGUAGCAAUUACAAGCAUAGGGUCAACACUUUCACAUCAUAUGGAAGGAAUUCAACACGUUUCAACACAAAGAGAUAUUAGUUAUACUCCCCAGCAGAGUGAAACAAGUGCAGCCACAAUUAUGUCAUAUCCUGUGGCAUCAAUGGAAGAAAUACCAUUGCAAUCUAGACAUGAAAGACUAGCAGGAUUCCCACCAAAAUAUGAAGAUGAAAUGAUUUGUUACAUGCCUUCAUUAGAGAUACAACAGCAUGAACUUGCAGAAUUCCCAGUCAUAACAAACGAUGAGACUACUUAUAGAAGGAGGUCAUCUAUUUCAUCCAUAGUACAAUCACCAUACACCACUAGUGAUUCAUUUAUUUAUCCUGCAGAGCUUGAAAUGCCUUAUCAGGUGUACGACUCUGCACGAGCAGAGUCACUUGCUGCUGCUAGACAAGAAUCCAUAACCAUGCAACAACCACAGCAGUUUGCACAAAUAAUUACCAUGCCAGCUGAAAAGGACUUUCCAGUGGUUGGCUAUGAAGCUGGAGUAUCUUACAGAAGGGGAUCAAUUCCAUUAUCACAACAGCAACCAGAAGUCUCAACUCAUCCAUGUGAAUAUGAUCAUUUACUGGACACAAUGACCCAAGAUGCACAUACCCAUAUAAGCCCAGUAGCCUCUGUACCAGAGAUUCCACUGAGUGUAUCUGUGGCUCCAGUCACCAUCACCAAAAUUCAACAAGAGUCAAUUGAGAGCAAAGAGAUAAGAGGACCAGAAAAAAUGGUCUCCAGUAUGAGUCACAUGUAUUCCUCUUCGAUUUCCACCUCAAGUCAGCCUCCUGAAAGCCUGUCUAGUCGGGUCACUCAAGUGGUCACCACUGAAGUUCAACGGACUACUGUUUCUGUUGUCCAUGAAAGACUCCAACAAGUUCCUCCACAAAGCAUAGCCAUCACUAUACAACCAGACAUAGCAAAAGUCCAACCCCUUCCUAAACAAAAUGGCAGGAUUAUUUAUCCUAGUGAUAUUAUUGAUUUACGCACUAUCAAGUCAGGCAUAAAAAUGACAGAGCAAGGCAUGGAUCUGACGCCACCUGAGUCUUGCCGACAGUCUGUUUCAAGUGACUCAAGUGGACGUCAUAUUACUGCAGUGCAGCCUGAGAUUGUAAAUCUUAGUGCUGAGCUUAUCCCUGCAACAACACUGUCUGUUGUUACUGACAGCAUCACAAUAGUCACAUGCACAGCAACCAUUGCUUCAUACAAUACCACUCCAGCAGAGAAACCACUUGAUUUACAGGGUCCUGUUGCAUCACUGCCAUUACCACUCACCACAUCCACAUACAAGCCAUUCGAACCACUCGCACAAAUCGUCUACAGACCUGUAAAGGCCUCACCUGUAUUCACUGAUGUAGUAUCUAUGACUCAAGACAUACCCAUGAAUCUUUCCAUUGAAGCUCUUGUCUCCUCUGGAGGAAAACAGUCAUUGACUUCAGCACCAACAAUUAUCAGCAAUGUAGGCCCUGUUGUAUCUCUUGAGGCUACGGGAGCCAUGGACUUGUCAAACUAUAAACCAAUGAGGGCAAUUGUGGCAUUGUCUGAUACAGACCAAGGAGUGGUGACCUCUAUUGUAGAGGAUGAUGGGGUUCCAAUUGACCUGACUGCUGGCAGAAGGAGCAUCUGCUGUGAUGUAAUUUACAAGCUACCAUUUACCGGAAGCUGCAGAACACAAGCUCCUGUAACAACUCAACCUGACAACCAUUCUGGCUUCAAAGAUCAUGUAGGACUGUAUAGCAUUAAAGGUACUAAUGGGAUAAAAGCAUCAUUAUCUGAGACUAAUCUAACAAGCACGGGACUGUCCAUCUAUGAUCUCAAAAAUGACUACUUCAGCGGCUCUUCUGACACAGCUGUCGACCUAACUGCUGCUAAGCUUUCAGCUGGCGAGGCACUAGACUACACAAGCAAAGCAACCAAUGUCUACUCUGCGAUGAUUACUUCACCAUACUCCCAGGUUCCUGCUGCUGGGUUUGGUGUAAAUAGUGCUUUAAGAACCUCAGAUGGAAUAGUUUAUUCCUCCGUUGCAGCACCAGUUCCAUCCACAUAUGCAAUUACAACUCAACCAGGUUCCAUCUUCAGCACUACUUUUACCCCUAUAUCAACUGUGCAGGAUCAGUCCUUACUGCAUUCAUAUGGAUUUGUUCCAACAGAGUCAGGGCAGCUUGUUCCCUUUGAGGCAGAGCUAUCUAAAGAAUUCUUCCCUACAGCCCUGGCCGACAUAAUAACCGGCUACCCCGAAAUGUACUCAGACACCACCCUGGAAGCAAUUGCUGCUUCUUUAGAUGUUCUAGCUUCUUCACCAAUAUUUCCAGGCUUAGACAACACCAAAAUGGCCCAGUAUCAGAUGGAGAGGGAGUUUCUAGAGUUAGAGAAACUUAAGCAGCUAUGUCUUGCUGAGGAGCUGGAAUGGGAAAGACAAGAAAUUCAGCGUUACAGAGAACAGGAGCAACUUAUGGUGCAAAGAGAACUUGAAGAACUUCAAGCACUGAAACAGCAGCUUCUUCUUCAGCAAGAAGAAGAACAUCAUGCACACAUGGUGGCCCAACAGGAGACCUAUGCUCAACAGAAAGAACAGUUGCAGCAAAUCCAACAACUCCAACUCCAACUCCAGAGGCAACUUGAUGAGCACUACAGCAGUACUGGUAUGACAGGAAACCUUUUAGAAGCUAAAUAUGCAGGGGUAGGAGACAGUGGUCAGUACUGGCCUGUAAAAGAUGAGUCUACACUUCCAUCUACAUUAGCACAAACAGAACAACACCAUGAGCAGCUUAACAUAGUAAAACUUCCAGCUGACCAGGAUCUAGGGAAAAAAAUCCUUGACAGCGGUGUACAAACAGAUGAUGAAGACUCUGCAGAAAAGCAACAAAUGGGAAGAAAAAAGAAAACAAAGAGAAACAUUGAUAGCUCAGCUCAGUCUGAUGAUGAUGAACAAGAGGAGUGGGAUGCCCCCACCAAAGUUCGACGUCGUUCUCGAAAGCAUAGCAGUGAUGGAAAACAUGGCUCCAAGGUGUCUAGCAUUGCCAUCCAGACAGUAGCAGAAAUUUCUGUGCAGACUGACCACUCUGGAACUAUCAAGAAACCCAAUGUCCAAAUGGACACUAAGAUAGAAAUCAUUAAGCACAUAUCAUCUCCAGAAAACUUUCACAGAGGUGGCAGUCUGAGCUGUCAGACAGACACAGACAGAAGGAAUUCACCUGUUGAUGUUGGAUAUAGCACACAACUAACGGCAGAUAUCCCCUCUAAAGCUAAAGUUCUCUACAGCCAAGUCUCUCCGUUAUCUCCAGAAAAGUCCUAUGGAGGACAAAGAAUGCUAACUGCUGACCCAUCCAGAUUUUCCUCUGGCCCUCGGAGUUUAAAGGCUGGCCAAAAGUCUCUGUCAGAUCCUAAAUCUCUUAGUCCUUCAACAGAAGACAGAAUUGGAGGAUACUAUACCGAAGGCUAUUCUGUCAGAGGGUCUUCUUCUAGCAGUGGUAAGAAAGUAAAGCGAACCCUACCAGACCCCCCUCCUGAGGAUGACACGUUGGCGGGAAGAUCUGGAUAUAGCACCAACUCUGCUCGUCGCCGUCUUGCUCGCAGCACCACAAUGGCCCGAGCAAAGAUUCUGCAAGAUAUAGACAAGGAACUUGAUCUGGUGGAGAGGGAAUCCUCUAAACUACGCAAGAAACAAGCUGAGCUUGAUGAAGAGGAAAAGGAGAUUGAUGCCAAGUUGCGAUAUCUGGAGAUGGGUAUAAACCGUCGAAAGGAGGUCUUGUUAAAGGAAAGAGAAAAGAGAGAAAGGGCAUAUCUCCAGGGGGUGGCGGAGGAAAGAGACUACAUGUCAGACAGUGAGGUUGGCAACAUAAGAGAAACUCGGGGGGAAGGCCUGGAAAGACCACGGACUGCUCCUCAGUCAGAAUUUGAUCAAUUCAUCCCUCCCCAAACUGAGGCUGAUUCCCAAUACAACACCCUUACAAGUCCCUAUUCUCAAUAUGGUCAGUAUGUUCCUCAGACCCAAACCACAAGCCAUUACACCCAGCAGAAUUUGUAUCAGCAGCAGUCCCUAUACCAUCAACAGGUGUCUCCUUACCAAACACUAUCGCUCUCCCAUGCUCAAGCUCAGCCUAGCAGCUACCAACAUGCUUUGCUUUUGCAACAAGGAAAGCAGCGUCAAACCACCUUGUCUGAGUUAGAGCCUAAAAUUACCACCAACUAUGAGGUGAUACGCAACCAACCUCUGCUCAUUGUUCCAUCUUCUACAGAAAGUGGCUAUGGGGUUGCUCACAUGGGUGGGAAGUAUGGCAACUUAGAUUUGAGGUUAGAGGAAAGAAGCAUGGCCUCUAGUCCAAUGUCAAGUAUUUCUGCUGAUUCCUUCUACGCUGAUAUUGACCAUCACAAUGCCAGGAACUAUGUGCUUAUAGAGGACAUAGGAGAGCUUACCAAGGCUUCAACAGGACUUGGCAGUUCUGCCAUGGGUUCUGGAUUUAGCCUACCUGAUAAAGAGCUAUCAAAAGCAGACAGGCUACUCAGGGCAGCUGAAGCCAGACGUACAGCAGAGGUAGCUGAAUUUUUGGGCUCAUCACGCUAUGGAAAAGGAGAAGAUGACUCUAUGGAGGAGCCCUAUGAACUGAAGUUGCUGAAGCAACAAAUCAAGCAAGAGUUUAGACGGGGAACUGAAGGGCUAGAACAUUUAACAGGCCUUGGCCUUUCCCAGUAUCUCUCGAGUGAUAGCAGUUUUCGCCAUUUCCCUAAAGGGGAGAAAUAUAGCAUUGGAAGACUCACUCUUGAAAAGCAGGCUGCAAAGAAUCUUCCCGCAGCUAUGCUUUACCAGAAACAGAUGAAGAACAAAAAAGCAUUGCUCGACUCAAAGGCCAUCACAAAAUUUUCCCCAAUUCAGGAGAGUAGGGACCUUGAGCCAGAAUUUGGUACCUACAUGGGAUCUGGAACUUCUUCUGUGUCCAGUCUAGCAGCUAGGGCUAGGUUACUUCAGGAUGAAAUUACAUUUGGGUUAAGAAAAAAUUUGUCUGAGCAGCAAAAAUAUUUGGGGUCUUCUUUAGGAGCCAACCUUUCAGGUUCUCUUAACCUUGGCCAGUCUCUUAGCUUAGGAUCCUCUAUCAGAGGCAACAUUCAGGAGGAUGGCACAUAUCCAAGUGGCACUCGAUCCCGUCCCUCUUCUCGACCCUCUUCCCGACCAUCUUCUAUAUAUGGCUUAGAUCUGUCUAUCAAAAGGGAUUUGUCUAGUUCCUCACUCAGACUAAAGACAGAGGGGGAGGUCCUGGACGCAGCAUUUGCUCCUGGAGUCUCCAGAGCAAAACCUACUAGUUUGCCUAUCAGCCAAAGCCGGGGCCGUAUCCCCAUUGUGGCUCAGAACUCUGAGGAAGAAAGUCCUCUGAGCCCAGUGGGGCAGCCUAUGGGUAUGGCUAGAGCUUCUGCUGGUCCUCUGCCUCCCAUUUCUGCAGACUCUAGGGAUCAAUUUGGGUCUAGCCAUUCCUUGCCAGAAGUACAACAGCAUAUGAGGGAGGAAUCUCGGACACGUGGCUACGAUAGAGAUAUCGCAUUCAUCAUGGAUGAUCUGCAAGGUGCCAUGUCUGACAGUGAAGCCGGAGGCCCAAACUGGAAUAUAGAAGCCUACCACUUGAGGAGAGAGGACACAGAUUGGUUUGAUAAGCCAAGAGAAGGGCAACCUCAGAGUGGAUACAUGUCAGAUAGGAGACAGAUGAAAUUGGUUCCCUACACCUUCCCUCACACUCGUGUGAAGCUUAAGAGAGAUAUGACAGACACCAGCGUCUCAGGCAAUGGACUUGGAGUCCGUGUUGUUGGUGGUAAGGAGAUUCCAGGCAGUCGUGGUGAGAUUGGAACCUACAUUGCUAAGGUUAUUCCUGGAGGCAUGGCGGAACAAACAGGGAAAAUUGUAGAGGGGAUGCAGGUGUUGGAAUGGAAUGGAGUUCCGCUAACAGGGAAGACUUAUGAAGAAGUGCAGUGCAUUAUGGGCAAGGCUGGUACAGAGGCGGAGCUCUGUGUGAGACUUGACCUUAAUAUGCUGUCUGACCCUGAGCACCCACAGGCCCUGGAUCACCAUAUCCAACUCAAGGCUGCAGGAGGUCAGCGAUCUCCUGGUGUGGAUCCUAAACAGUUAGCUGCAGAGCUCCAAAAGGUAUCCCAACAGCAAACUCCUGACAUAGCAGGAACAGGGCCUGGGAGCUUCGGAGUCCUGUCCGCAUUGGAACGUUCGGCCCUCCUCCACUCGGGCCCUGGGUCAGCAGCCUCAAGUGGGGUCCCAAGCCCUGGGCAACCGGGAUCCCCUGCCAUCAACAAGAAACAACGCCACAAGCCAACAGAGGUGAUGAAAGCACCUCAUCCCAUCACUGGAGAAAUUCAGCUCCAGAUUAACUAUGACAGAAAUCUGGGAAACUUGAUCGUACAUGUUCUGCAGGCAAGAAACUUGGCCCCCCGAGACAAUGACGGUUACUCUGACCCUUUUGUGAAGGUCUACCUUUUACCAGGGAGAGGCCAAGUCAUGGUUGUCCAGAAUGCAAGUGCUGAUAACAAGAGAAGGAUCAAGUAUGCACAGAAGACAACAAAUCCAGAAUGGAACCAGACUGUCAUCUACAAGAACAUCCAUUUGGAGCAGUUAAAGAAAAAGACACUGGAAGUAACAGUGUGGGACUAUGACAGAUCCUCCUCCAAUGACUUUCUUGGAGAAGUUCUGAUUGACUUGUCAAACACAGCUCAACUGGACAACACUCCCCGCUGGCUGCCUUUGAAAGAGCAGAGUGAAAGCAUCGAACAGAGCAGAAGUCACCAUGCUUCCCAAGCUCCACCAGGGUCUGGGUCAGGACAAGGUCAUGGUCAGGGACAUUUCACAUGUCAGGGUCAUGUGUCAGGAUCUGGACAGGGACAUGGAAUGGGACAAAGUCAAGGACCAGGACAGGGAGAUCUGAGUCAUGAUUCACCUAAGAACUCUGUGAUCAAGAGCAGAAGCCAUGGAAUCUUCCCCGACCCAGCCAAAGACAUGCAAAUGUUACCUUUGGAAAAGUCCCACAGCAGCCCGGGCAGCUCCAAGUCUUCCUCUGAUGGCCAACUGCGCUCGCAUGGCCCAUCCCGAAGUCAAAGCAAGAGUAGUGUCACUCAAGCCCACCUUGAAGAUGCUGGGAUAGCCAUUGCUGCCGCAGAGGCUGCCGUGCAGCAGUCCCGCCUGCAACCAAGACCGGGACACCGACUAGGUGAUGUCUCAGGGUCAGUGGUGCUGUCUGCCCCAAGCCUUGUUGGAGAUGCCUAUGGUGGUCUGGAUGGGGAAGAAGGGGUGGGCAUUGGAGUGGACAGUGCCAUUUUUCAAGUCCCACGAAUUGGUAAGACUAUUCCUAACGGUACCGACAAAAAUCAACAAAUCACUCCAGAAAAUGAAGGUGGAAAAACUCAAGUAAUUGGGGAAAUUAAGGUUGCUCUUAAGAAGGAGGUGAAGACGGAGGGAGACCAGCUGGUCCUAGAAAUCCUUCAGUGCAGAAAUAUCACUUAUAAGUUCAAAAGCCCGGACCAUCUGCCAGACCUAUAUGUCAAGUUGUAUGUGGUUAAUGUAGCCACUCAGAAGAGGAUCAUCAAGAAAAAGACCAGAGUUUGUCGACAUGACCGAGAGCCUUCCUUUAAUGAGACCUUCAGAUUCCCCCUCAACCCAACGGGACAUUCAAUACAGCUGUUCUUGGUGUCCAACGGUGGGAAGUUUGUGAAGAAGACUUUGAUAGGCGAAGCCUAUAUCUGGCUUGACAAGGUGGACAUGAGGAAGAGAGUGGUCAGCUGGCACAAACUGUUCGUCAGCUCUAACUUGACUAACCCUUGAGUGCAAAACAGUAAUUUGAAAGAAAUAAUAGGCAAAAGGGAAGAAAGAAGACAAAAGAGUAACAUAACAGAAAUAAUCAAGAAAUUAUGUAUUGAGUUUAUAGAUCUUUAGAUGAAGGGAACUAUGUGACGAUAACAUUGCAUGUCUUGUCAGUCCAACACUGCCAGCGCAUGUUUCCCUCUUCUAAUGUCAGUUCUCUUUAGGCUUUGCGUGGAUCCAAACAUGCAAAGGCAGUUACAGACUGAUAUUUCCCUGCAAUAUGGCUUAAAGACAGUUAUGUUUUUGAUAACAUAGUUCAGUUGUAUGAUCCAUAAGAAUAAUUUUGAUAUUGCACGAGAGAACUUCACCAACUAACUCAAGAAAAAGUUAGAAAAUUUUAAUUAAUUUAAAAAAUGUAUGUAAUUGUUACGAAACUUUACAGACAUCAGUGGUGUGGAACGCAUAAUUAUUUUUUAAUGACAGAACAACUAAUUUAUGUCUGAAAAAAUAUGAGACUGUUGAACUUUUGCUGUGGGAUGAAGAUGAACUGUACAGCACUUCUAACAUUUCUGUUAUCCCACAUGCAGACCACAGAGCAUAUCAAAGAAUUGUACAGUGUGAUAUAUUAAAAUCCUUAAAAUUAACAUAUACAGAAUAUAACUAAAUACAACACAGAGUAUAAGAGUUAUUCUCUUGUUGUCAGAUUAUAUUAUCAGAUAAUAUCAACAAAAGUUCUAGGUUGAGGCAGUGGGUGGCGCACUGACAAUCCAGUAAUCUAAUGUAAAAGCAGUCCUCAUAACAUUUAGGUGAAUAUGGACCUUUGUGAGCUCAAGGUAGGCCAUAUUGUCACACUGAUGCGCCUCUGUGUUGAUAGGCCUCCAAUCAUGGGCCAAGUCAACAUCAAUGGAUAAAUUAUAUAACACAAGCAUCAUAUUUAGGGGGGAGACUAGAAGAAAGAAUAGCAUCUUGCACAUGCUGUGUUGAAUGUAACAAAUGUUACAACUGUUCAGAAUGACAGAAGUUUACACAUCUGUGUCAUUUGUGCAACAUUUUACUCUUAGUUUGCUGCAGUUUUUUCCUCUGUGUAGGUCUCUUCAUGUUAUCAUUGUUGCUAUGGACAUGUAAAUUAUAGAAGUUGUGUCAAAACCACAGUGUAAAUCUAGAAGCUCUGUGUGACUGCUCUGCUGUCUCUGUGUUAGCAAAGACCUUCUAUUUUGGCUUUAUCUGGAAAUUAUUUCAAAAUGUAGAUAAAAAAAUGUCAAAUGCUCCUCUGUGUCUCUGGCUGUAAAACACACACACAAAAAACGUUUUGUCUCAGUGACUCCUGUUAAACACAGUGGACCAGCAUCUUUCACUGCCUGUGAUCAAAUUAUUUUCUCAGGCAUGAUCAGGGUCAGAGGAACACAUAGAGCCAAGUCUCAGUACCCAUGUGUAUGCAGGGGACCCAUAUAUGUAUGUUCUUGUUCAUAUUUUAAUAUUUUGCAACCACAUCAAUAAAAUCAGAAAAGAAGAUAAAGAAAAAAAUGUGAGAAAAAAAUUUAAAGAGAACUACUGUCAGUGUGUUUAAUUGUAAAGCAGGGCUGAUACAACUUUCCAUCAAGAAACACACAAAGAGCAAGAUGUCACUCAUACAUUAAGGUAUAGUGCAGAAGAUACCAUACCCAAAAUGGUAAAAUAUUUGUUGUGCCAUCCACUACUUAUUUCCUUUUUAUGUAUUAAAGGGGGGGUAUUAUGUAAAAUAAUUUUUUUAGUUUUAUAUAAUGUUAUGUUAUUCCCUCAUCAAAACAUCCUUGGAGUGUUGCUUUGAUUCUUUCAAGCGUGUUUGAGAAAUCCUUGAAUGUACCGUGGCAGCCAUUCGGGGGUAACUAUACACUUGCUCAUACAAAGUGUCGCUUAUUUACCCAAAGCUCCAGCUUGAAGCUGCUUCCACUCCACACACCCCUGAACCCACGCGCCUUUCCAACUCUGCUCCAUCAGACUAGCAGCAGCAGCAGUUAGAAAACUCUUGGUGGAACUGCACAUCUGCUGAGCAUACAAACUAUUUCUCAAUCCAACGCUCCUAAGACUGCUUGACUUCCAUGAUGAUGAAAACAGCAUCAUGGAAGAGCAUUAUGUUGACAUGCUGAAGGUGGAGUGUUAGAAAGAGUACAAGAAGCUUCUUAGACACAAUGACCAAUUCUGAGGCGUCAAAUUGGAAAGUCAAAAUUCUUUUAAGUUAUUUUUGAUAUAUGCAGCAUUUUCACAACUGACUGUAACAUAGUUACUUGAUUGUGCUAUAAAAUGGCACUAUGUGCCUAAAAAAUACAUAAUACCGCCCCUUUAAAUAUAUUUCUAUAUUUAUUGAUUUUUGUAUUUUCUUUUUUUGUUACAUUUUUCCAAGAACCAUUAGUUCUUUUAAGGUAAUUCUAUGCAACAUAUGUAUUUGAAUGCAUUUGUGUUAUAUUCUGUGAACAUAUCGUCUAUAAAUGUCCUGUAGAAAAGUAACUAUGAUUUGUACAUUUGGUGAGAGAAAAAUAUUAAAUAUCUUUAUUUUGUACUUAUUUUAGUAUAUAUCGAUGCUAACUACAGUUAACAUCUACAUGGAGCUUGUGCACUUUAUUACAAUGUUUGUUUUUUUUGUCUCGUUUUAAUUGUCGGGACAUUCCGAAUUACACUGGUUUGUGUCUCUGCACUAACAAUUAAAUGAAUCACAGUGUAUGUGGUAUGUGAUGGCAGGAACUAUUGUAGUGUACAUUUUGUAUCUAUGUGGCAAAAGAUAAACAUAUAAACAUGUAGAGGUUUCCCAAAAGGGAUGCACAAUCUCCAGUGAAAUCAACUACUCCAUCCUCAUAGUGUACUGAACAGUCUGUGUACACAGUGCAGUAAAUAAGAUCUCAUCUUAUUGCCCAGUCAUGACUGUCAAACCUCUUGUGUUUCAUUAGACUUCAUUCUAAAAACUGUUUAAGAUCAACCGUUGCCUGUAAUUGUGAACCCAUUCAUUUGUUGUUGUCUUGAGGGGUGUGAAUGUGCUCAAGUUGUUUGACAUGUGUACAUAAAGUGUUUAUUUUCUACAAUGACUGAAUGUUUAUAUGUCUGAGGUUUGAGCAUGUGAGUGUUAAAAAAAAAUACAAAGCAAAUCUAAAUCACAGAACACUUGUAAUUGUACAGCAGGUGGGUGUCUAGAGUCCUUUAAGGAGAGUUGAGACUUCAUAAAAACAUGUGCUGUCCACUGAUGAUUAUUAGUGAGAUUAUAUCCUCGAACCUGCAAAAAGAACUUACAAGGUGGUAAAAAAAAAAAAAAAAAGAAUCUGUUCAACUUAAGUAGUUGUCUGGAACUUUUAGUUUUGGAUGUUGCAUGUUUUGUUGAUGGUUUGUCUGUAUUUUGACCACAGAUUAUGUUUCAAAACAGAGAAAAUAUGUAUAGAUUUAUCUGUAUGCUGAGUGUAAAGAGAUAUGCUUGUAAAAUUGUCUUGUUUUUCACUCAGUGUAAAAACAAAGCAUAUAAUGUUAUGGUUUUGUGGUUGUACACCUGGGUGUGUUGAGAUAUGCAAAUUGUGUUGUAAAAAAACAUUUCCCUUGAGUCAAAAGAAUAAAUAUUAAGAGCUAUA